CAAUACAUAAGACGCAAUAAAUUCGGCCAACUCCGCAGAGACAGAAUUAAAUAACUUGGGAUUGGAGCCUCGCAAGAAACGCGUUCACAAUGCCAACCAUACUCGGCGCUGCCCAGACGGCGAGCUCUGUCCUACUCCGACUUGGGACCUACAUAUUUCUGAGGAUUAUUCCAGGAGCCAUUCUGUCCACUGUCUUACCAAUACUAUUUCUUGUAUAUUUGUUCUCAUUUACAGUGGAAAAGCUUGUACGGCUCUCUGGGCGCCAAAGUGAAUCAGAGUCUGCGGACAUUGUAGAUGCCAAAUAUACACAAGAUGGUGCGGAGACUAAGCUGGAUGCGACAGACGUCAUCGGGGUUACCGUAAAAACUGUACCAUCAUCAGUUACAAUAAGUACUAUACUGUUCAACCUGCCGACUCUGGCGCCUUGGGCGAAAGCUAUCGGUUUCCUCAUCAAUUUAGCAUGCAUCGCGAUGGUGGCCGAUUUCGUAGCUCGGCCAUUCUAUGAAACCCACGAGGAUCUUGUCUUCACACGCGUUGGGGCUGUUUACCAUGAUGCUGCAAAAAUUGUGGUUCGAUAUCCUCGCCCAUCUGAAGGGCUUCGCAUCGUCUGGAAACAGAUGGACGGCACUGGCAUGCUGGCUUAUUCGGAUUCGGAUGAAAGUGGAUGGGUCGAUGGACCUUCUUUGGACCUGAAGGCUGAGGAUGAUUGGGUGGGGGUCACUCGACUUGACAGCCUGUGGGCAAGCACCAGAUAUCAAUACCGUCUGGCAACUUUGAACUCUACGUUACUGCCAUACCCAGCGACGCCGAUCAUCUUCCGCACGUUCCCUGACCCAAGACUGCCCGGAUCACACUUCAAAUUCAUCGCGACUUCUUGUUUGCUGCCGAAUUUCCCAUACAAUCCAUUAGCCCCAACCACCCGGCUCGAAGGAUUUAGGCUCCUCAAGCAACAGCUUGAUUCAACGUCUACAGGAUCAACCCCUCCUGGCAUUAGCAUCCCAACUCAGGGUGCAACUGUGGAAAUUGCAGCUCCGGCGGUAUCGGCGGAGCCGCAGCUCACUCCCAACGCUGUUGAACCAUCUAAUUCAUCUGCAUUACCCGUUCAUCAGGCACCUGCAACUGAAACCAACCAUUCCAGCCAGAUUCCAGUCGUUCGAACAGAAACAGAAAUUUCCAGUCCCCUCCCUUUUAUUGGAACUCGGCACUCGGCUUCCUUUGUCCCAACGGAGUUCAUGAUUUUUAUGGGAGAUUUCAUCUACGCCGACGUUCCGUACUUCAUUGGAGACAGCAGGGAAAGUUACAAUCGCCUCUACAGACGAACCUAUGCAUCUGAAGAGUUCCGUCAGGUGUAUGAGCAGCUUCCUGUCUUGAACAUCUACGAUGAUCACGAGUUCAAGAAUGAUUUCGAGGGUCGGUCAAACGACUCCACAUACCUGUUCGCCAAUGCAUCAGCUGCGUUCUCUACGUAUCAGGGCAACGCGAAUUACCAUACCUACACUGACGCUAGCGGGCGCGUGGUUAAUUAUUUUGAUUUCAAAUAUGGCGAUGUUGCUUUUUUCAUUUUGGACACCAGAAGGUAUCGAUCUGUGACCGGGAGGAACACCACUGAAGAGGAAACACCUACUAUCCUUGGGGAGAGACAACUAGCCGACUUCCAUCAGUGGGCUGCCCGGGUAAACUCUACGGCCGCAUUCAAAUUUAUCAUUUCUUCUGUCCCAGUUUCAGCUCUUUGGGGUGGCCCGAACGGCCAGGUCGAUACCUGGGCCGGUGCUCUCGAAGAGAGACGUGUAUUCCUAGACCUACUAGAGUAUAUCCCGAAUGUGAUCAUCCUUUCGGGUGAUCGCCACGAGUUCGCCGCUGUCGAAUACAUCACUGGCGCACGGGAAUUCUCCAUCAGGCAAGCCACUCCGCUUAACCAAUUCUACAUCCCAUUCUUUAAGACCUUCGACAUCAAGAAUGGUCAAACUCGCAAGAUCAAAUAUGUGGUCAAGGAGGAAGUGAACAGGUCAGUAACAGAAUUUGAAAUUGUGGAACAAAUUCCCGAGGAAAAAAUCCUCGCUUAUCUUCCAAGUGGAAAUCAUAAAUGGGGUACCUUCGAGGUUGAUACGACGAAUGCUUCUAGCCCUACAGUGACCCUUGAACUUAGCAUCGAUGGGGCGAAAGCAUGGACACACACUAUCGUCGGCAAACCAGUGAAAUACACUGGCAGCACUGCCCUUGGUACCCAAAUUGCCCAGAUCAGUGGGUCGAUAAAAGGCAUGCUUGGGAGGCUCGGAAAGAUCUUCGGAUAAACAUCGCUAUUGCUCGAUUCUGCAAGACAGUGAGUCUGUUGUAAGUCUUAUUUGAACCAUCGAUUGCUGUACAUAGACGAUUGCUACAUUAUACUAUAUCCUCUGCCUUUGCU